CUCACCUGGUUCACCUCUCUUUGCAGUCGCUCAGUAGUUCUCUGCUCAGCCUGUUCUCUGCACGUCUUGCAUCCUCUCAUUAACCUGCAUUUCACUGUAAACAAUUUCUUCUUCUGCUCUUGUUUUACUAAUCACUUCCAAGUCUCUUCUUCUCCUUGCUGCCUGUUUUCCAUUUCAUCUAUCUCAGUCCUUCCACCACCUGCUCCUCUGCUUCCUUCAACCAUUCUCCAUCUUUUUGUCUCUCUCUACCAACUUCUCUGCAUCCCACCACUCCUCUGUCUCCACCAUGAGUCUGAGUCGUACCAAGCGAAUCAGCUCCAGUAGCUCCGUCCGGACCAGCAGUGGGUCAAGGAGGCUGAGUGGUUUCGGUCCUGGUCAGGGGGGUUUCAGCGGCAUCUCCCUGAGCAGCAGCUCUCUCUACACGAGUGCCAAUGGGCACCACCACGGCCUCGGUGCCCCGCUGGCCUCCCUGUCGGUCAACAAGAGCCUGCUGGCCCCCCUCAAUCUGGAGAUCGACCCGAGCCUGUCCAUGUGCCGAGCCCACGAAAAGGAGCAGAUCAAGAGCCUCAACAACCGCUUUGCAAGCUUCAUUGAUAAGGUACGUUACCUGGAGCAGCAGAACAAGAUGCUUCAGACCAAAAUGGAUCUGAUGCAGGGCCAGGUGGUGAGCCGGUCCAACGUGGAGCCCCUGUUCGAGGCCUACAUGGCGGGUCUGAGGCGCCAGAUGGACCUGGUCAACAAUGACAAGACCAAACUGGACGGGGAGCUGAGGAACAUGCAGGGCUUGGUGGAGGACUACAAACACAAAUACGAGGAAGAGAUUAACAAGAGAAACAACCUGGAGAACGACUUUGUUAUCCUGAAGAAGGAUGUAGACUCAGCCUACCUGGUAAAGGCUGACCUGGAGGAUAAAGUGGGAGCUCUGACUGAUGAAAUCAACUUCCUCCGCAAUGUCUAUGAGGAGGAGCUGCGUGAGCUGCAGGCGAGCAUCAAAGACACCUCGGUGGUGGUGCAGAUGGACAACAGUCGCAGCCUGAACAUGGAGCAGAUUGUAGCUGAGGUCAAAGCUCAGUACGAGGAGAUCGCAGCCCGCAGCAGAGAGGAGGCCGAGGAUUGGUACAAGAGCAAAUUUGACCAGAUGUCAGUGCAGGCGAGUCAGUAUGGAGACGAGCUCCGCAUCGUGAAGGGAGAGGUGGCUGAGGUCAACCGACUGAUCAGCCGGCUGCAGAGUGAGAUCGAGGCUGUCAAAGCUCAGCGUGGCAGCCUGGAGAACCAGCUGGCUGAGGCCGAGGAGCGUGGAGAACUGGCUGUGAAAGAAGCCAAAGCCCGGACCAGAGACCUGGAGGACGCUCUGCAGAGGGCCAAACAAGACAUGGCCAGACAGCUCAGAGAGUAUCAGGACCUGAUGAACCUGAAACUGGCUCUGGACAUUGAGAUUGCCACCUACAGGAAGCUGCUGGAGGGAGAGGAGGACAGACUUGGACAACAGACCGUCCUCAACAUCCAGUCCGUCUCCAGCUACAGUACUAAAAGUACUAAUGGCUACCACAGUAACAGCUGCUCUCCUGCUCCAAAACUUCUGAUAAAGACAACCGAGACCAGAGACAGCAGCCGAUACAGUACUCACUGAGACGACACACAAGACAUGCAUGCAGUGGUGGAACUGAACUAAGUAUAUUUACUCGAUUAAUGGACUUAAAAGGGAACAUCACCUAAAUGAAUAAUUCAAAUAUGUUAAAAUUUGAAUUUAAAUAUGUUAAAGUAAACCAGAGAAGGAAGUCUCAAACUUGCGAUGUCAUAAUGGAUAAAGUCUUGAGCUGCUCCAAAGACAAUGCAUGGCAGCCUGAUUUUAAGAACCCCCAAAAUGUUUUUUUGUUUUGUUUUUAUACUCAAAUGAGCUUUAUUCUAAUGUAGUUGUAGGAGCUAAGUCUACUACUUGCUGCUACUGAGAUAUUUAACCUGACCUGGCUGACACGCUUGCUUCAGUUGAUGCCUCUGUUUCCUGACCUGCAGGCUCCAGUUGCAGAAAAAUCAUCCUAUUUAUUCAUACCAGCAUGCAAUUUGAGGCAUGGUAUCAAAGCAGGCAAUUUCUUUAUUUUCAUCAAAAACUGAACACACAACUGUCGAGCAAUCUUCCAUCAAAAACUGACUUUACACCUGAUGACAUCACAAAUUUGAGUUUUAGCACUCUAGUUUUUUGGAUUUGGGAGAGAGCUCUUUUUAAU